AAAAUAAAGGGUUCACGUUUGAGCUUUGCACUAGAAGACGCUUGUUGCCGCCCACUAUGAAGUUCAGCUACCAUUUUUGUACAUCUACGUUAUUCAAUCACACCGAAACUGCCGAAACUUUGCGAAACUAGCGAAACCAGCGAAACUCACAUGUUGCACAUUUGGACCGUUGCUGCUGUUGCUGCCUCGAAACCUCUUUCCGUUGCGUCGAUCCCGAUUCCCGUCCCAUGUGUUCCUUGUUCUACUUUUUGAUUCAUAGUGGUUCGGCGGUUCCUGCUUGACAUCGACAACGACCCUUGUGUGCUGGUGCGACCGAUGCAACGCUGGUGUGCCUUCAGCGCUGCAGCUGGUUCAGUUACGCAAGUUCUAUAGAAGUUGAACUGUGCCCCAACUUGUCAACGUGAGCGUCAUGGUCGGACCCCUGCUACUUCCACCUGCACCCGUCGAUGACAGCGGUGUCUUCGGCCGCCUGUCAGCCCUGGGAUGCGUGACCGUCGAGCCCGUGGGCCGCUGGUUCGAGUCCGUGUAUUGCAACCCGCGGGCAAGGCAUGCGUCGUCGGCCGCCUCUGUGGGGUCGCAGUCGUCGGACGAGGACGAGCAGGACGGCGGGGCCCCAGAGAGCCCUGCUGACACACGCUACCUGCUCAGCCUGGACCCCAAGGAGUGGCGCCAGCAGGACCACUACCGCGUGCUCGGUCUCCAGGCUAAGCGCCACAGGGCCACCGAGCAUGACCUCAAGAAGGCCUAUCGUCGUAAGGUUCUGCUCCACCACCCGGACAAGCGUCGCACGGCCGGGGAGCAGGUGCGGGACAUGGACCACGACUACUUCUCCUGCAUCACCCGCGCGUACGAGAUCCUGGGGAACCCCGUGAGGAGGCGGUCCUACGACAGCGUCGACCCAGAGUUCGACGACGACGUCCCGAGCAGUGUCGACGCCAGGCUGGGCUUCUUUGCCACCUUCGGCCCCGUGUUCGAAGCCAACGCCCGGUGGUCGACCAAACGGGAUGUGCCAUCUUUGGGCCACGAAGACUCGACUCGGGACGAAGUGGACCGUUUCUACCACUUCUGGUACAGCUUCGACUCGUGGCGGGAGUACUCCUACCUGGACGAGGAGGAGAAGGAGAAAGGCGAGAACCGUGAGGAGCGCCGCUGGAUCGAGAAGCAGAACCGGGCAGCACGACAGAAGCGCAAGCGUGAGGAGAUGCAGCGCAUUCGCCAGCUCGUAGACACGGCGUAUGCCUGCGAUCCCAGAGUGCAGCGCUUCAAGGAGGAGGAGCGGGAGCGCAAGCUCGCCCACAAGAGGGCCAAGCAGGAGGCCUCCAGGGCCAAGGCGUUGCAGGAGGAGAAGGAGCGGCAGGAGCAGGAGGAUGCUCAGAGGCUGGAACGGGAGCGCCAAGAGGAAGAUGCCAGGCUGCAGCGCGAGAAGGAGCGGCGCGAGAAGGAGGCCGUGAGGAAGCAGCUGCGCCGGGAGCGCAAGGUUCUGCAGGGGGCCUGUGCCCAGGACGCCCACUUUGCCCGGGACCCCGAGGAGCGGGUGCUGCGCCUGCAGCAGCUCGACCGGCUCUGCCAGCUGCUGACCCUUCCAGAGCUGCAGCAGCUGAACCAGGGAAUGGAGGGGGCCUCGACCGUGGAGGAUCGCAAGGCACUCUUCCUAGGCCAGGCUCAAGCACUGGAGGAGCGGCUGGAGCGUGAGAAGCUGGAGCUGCUAGCGGGGCCCCCGUCCUCGAGGGACCGGGCCCAAGAGCGGGGCCCCCAGGACCAGGCCUGGCCCCCCGACGACGUGCAGCUGCUCGUCAAGGCCGUCAACCUCUUCCCGGCCGGCACCGCCAACAGGUGGGAGGUGGUAGCAGCCUUCCUGAACCAACAUUCGUCGGUGGCCGAACGCACAGCCAGGGACGUGCUGGCCAAGGCCAAGAGCCUCCAGAGGCUAGAUCCGCAGCUGAAAGAGGAGGCCAACCGCAAGGCCUACGAGCAGCACGAGCGCACGGUGGGCAAGGGAGAGGUGUCCUUCAAGGACGAAUCGGUGCCCUCGCAGAGAUUCGACGGGCCUGAGGCCGGCAGCACGUGGACGGCGGAGGAGCAGCGUCUCCUGGAGCAGGCCCUCAAGACGUUCCCGAGCAGCACCGCGGACCGCUGGGACCGGAUCGCGGAGUGCGUGCCCAACCGCUCCAAGAAGGACUGCAUGCGGCGGUACAAGGACCUGGUGGAGCUUGUGCGCAGCAAGAAAGCCGCCCAGCAGGCAGCGGCAGCGCAGGCCAGCCGCACGGGCAAGCCAUGACCCCUCCAAUAAAGACGACCUGUGCACCCCGU